CCUGAACGAUGCAACAAUUUCAGGAUUCAUAACCGCCGCUUGGACGACAAACGGAUCACACUAGAAACCCUAUUGCAUCGUGCACUGCAUCUGGAAAUUAAAUCUUACAACCAGGGAUCCACGUUCAUUGGAAGCGGUGUCAUUAAAGAUCUCAGGGGGCAACGAAAAGACCAGAUAGACAAAUUCAGCUUUUCCAGCUUUUUCAGCCUUUUCCAGCUGGAAGAUUCGCAAAUUGAAUCCCGUUUUGAUACGUUCUGGACCCUCCAAAGUCCUAGUGGGUAAGGUAAUCUCCGGCAUCCAUCCCCGACACAAGGAAUAAUGGAAGCCGAUAUCAGAGCCGCAAUUCCGGACAUUGACCCAGUCGUCUCCGAGUACUCGGUAGGCUAUCUUAGACAUGCAUCUACUGCUUGGGUAGGGGAUGAGGAAUCAGCCGCUCUAUCACCCCUCGCUGAGGCUGCCGCUGCCAUCACCGAACUUCUGCUCUCUGCGUCCGGAGACCCGGCUGGCUCAAACCAAGAUAAUAUCCGUUCAUUAGUCUCCAAGUGGGUUGACAAGUAUGAAGAGGCCAACAGCAGCAAUGGCGAGCGGCGGGGACCCUCUGCCGUGAGGCGACUUGACCAGGCCAUCCAGGUCGGCUCUCAGCGGAACAUGUCGUCCACUCUAGCCGUGGCUACCGGUAGUGUCGACCUGGAGUCUGCAAAUGCCCGUAAGGUAGAGUCCAAGGUCGACCGGAAGAAGCUUGAGAAGGCAGAGCGUAAAAUCGCCGCCAAACAGAAUAAGAAACAAUUCAAGACAGUUGAGUAUGAAGCUUCUAAGCUGCUUAACCAGGCCGAGAAUGCCCAGAGCUACGAAGAGUUCUAUAUGGCCGUCAACCCUUUGCAGCUCGGAUCUGGUGGCGGCGUUGGCAAGACCAAGGACAUCAAGAUUGAGAAUAUAGAUGUUAGUAUCGGUGGAACACGUAUCCUCAUGGAUACAGACCUAACUCUCGCUUAUGGACAUCGCUAUGGUUUGGUUGGUCACAACGGUGUUGGUAAAUCUACGUUACUCAGGGCGUUGUCCAGGCGAGAGUUACCCGUUCCUACACAUAUUUCUAUUCUUCACGUCGAACAAGAGAUUACUGGCGAUGACACGUCUGCUUUGCAAGCUGUCUUAGAUGCCGAUGUUUGGCGGAAGGUGUUACUCAAGGAGCAAACAGAAAUCACAGCACGUCUCGCCGACAUUGAGUCUCAGCGUUCGUCCAUGGCGGAUACUUCUGCCGAUGCCGCAAAGUUAGACCAUGAUCGAGAGGCACUUGACCAGAAACUUGGAGAAAUCCAAGCGAAAUUAGCCGAAAUGGAGUCAGACAAGGCAGAGUCCAGAGCUGCUAGCAUUCUAGCAGGUUUGGGUUUCUCCCCAGAACGUCAACAAUUUGCCACGAAGACAUUCUCUGGUGGUUGGCGUAUGCGUCUGGCACUUGCCCGAGCCCUCUUCUGCGAGCCUGACUUGCUACUUCUCGACGAACCGUCCAACAUGUUGGACGUCCCCUCCAUUACCUUCCUUUCGAACUACCUCCUUACCUACCCAAGCACCGUCCUGGUAGUCAGUCACGACAGAGCCUUCCUUAACGAAGUCGCGACAGACAUCAUACACCAGCACUCUGAGCGGCUCGACUACUACCGCGGUGCCAACUUCGAGUCCUUCUACGCAACACGCGAGGAGCGCAAGAAGACGGCUAAGCGCGAGUACGAGAACAACGUAGCGCAGCGUGCCCAUCUACAGUCCUUCAUCGACAAGUUCCGUUAUAACGCCGGCAAGGCCGCCGAGGCCCAGUCUCGUAUCAAGAAGCUCGAGCGCAUGCCUAUCCUUGAACCCCCCGAGACCGAAUACAGCGUCAAGUUCCGCUUCCCCGAAGUCGAGAAGUUGUCUCCACCCAUUGUGCAAAUGUCGGGUGUCACCUUCGGCUACAGUCUCGACAAGGUCCUUCUCAAGGACGUCGACCUAGACGUUCAGCUCGACUCACGAAUCGGUAUCGUCGGACCUAACGGUGCGGGUAAAACUACAAUAUUGAAGUUGCUGAUUGGCAAGCUGUCUGCGACGAAGGGUAUCAUAUCACAGAACUCUCGUUUAAGGAUCGGGUUUUUCGCCCAGCACCACGUCGACGCGCUAGACUUGACGAUGAGCGCUGUCAGCUUCAUGUCAAAGACGUAUCCCGGACGCACAGACGAGGAGUACCGCCGACAGCUUGGCGCUUUCGGUAUCACGGGCACAACCGGUCUACAGAAAAUGGAAGUGUUGUCCGGUGGUCAGAAGAGUCGUGUGGCAUUUGCUUGCCUCGCGCUCACGCAGCCCCAUAUCCUAGUCCUCGACGAACCGUCCAAUCAUCUCGAUAUCGAGGCCAUGGACGCCCUAUCUGAAGCGCUACAAGAGUUCCAGGGAGGUGUGCUGAUGGUUUCUCACGACGUCACGAUGUUGCAGACAGUUUGCAAGAGCCUUUGGGUUUGCGAGAAUGGCACGGUUUGGAAGUUCCCUGGCGAUGUCCAGGCGUAUAAGAAGAGGAUUGCUGCACAGGCUGAUGCUGCGGGUGUUGUGAAGGCGCAUUAGGAGAGGGAGGGUAUGUUGGUAGAUAUGUAGGUAGGUAGGGAUGGAAAUGAGAUAUGAUGCUAUGUUUAGCAUGUAGGGAAUUGGCGGCGGAUGAUGAUUUUAAUGUGCUUCACUGAGGGAGUUGGUGACCUACAACAUUCACACAAACUGGAUGUUCCUUGCGGAAACAUAGGACGUCGCUCUAUUAUUGAGCUGCCUACAUUGGCGUAUACGCCAUUACAAGAACUACACAUUGCAGCCAUUUUAUUUUGGUUUUCCAUAUCGAGCAGUGAUACUCUAUCCGACCUGAGAAUGAGCGUC